AGAGCAAACAAGUCGCACCGCACCGAGACGGCGAACGAGCAUUCACACGGCGCGCCCCGGGACCAGCCGACGACAACGACGCAAGAUGCCCAAGUUCGUGCCGCGGCAGCGCAAGCACAAGGCGCGCCAGCGCGAGGCCGAGCAGCAGCAGAAUGGCGCCCCGGACCCGAAUGCGGCGGAGUUGCUGCCGGCUGGCAAGGCGGAGCGCGAGGAGCGCAAGAGGAAGAUGAAGGAUGAGCUUAAGGCGCAGCAGCCCAAGAUGAGCAGCAAGAAGCAGAAGAGGCUGGAUAAAUACAUUGAUACGAAGCUCAAGCGUGAAGAGAACCUUGAGCUCAUCAAGAAGCUCGCCGCGCAUAAAGUCGAUACUUCGCUCUUCCAGUCGUCUAAGAGCCUCGGCCGUGUGACAGAGUCCAGACGCGACGUCUUCGCCAAAGCUCUCCAGGAGAAGCAGGCCGGAAUAGAUGUGGAAAAGAACGAGCGCAUCUUGCAGGAUGUUUCCAGGCCGGCCAAGCAGAAGGGAGAUGGAUACCAUACGGAUUCAGAGGAAGAGGUGGAACAAGAGGGUCGCAAAGCGCAGCCCAAGGCGCAGUCUUUGAAGCGGAAGGCAGAGCCGGAACCGGAGCCGGAGCCGGAGCCGGAAGCACAACCUGAAGCGCCCGCCGCUGCCGACUCUGCAAAGGCUGAUCAGCCAGCAUCGGCAUUUGGAAGUGGUCUAAAGAGGCCGCUUGAGCUGGAUGAGAGCGGAAGGCCAAUUAUUAAAAAGAGGAAGAGGGCGUCUAAGCCAGCUCUGAAAUUCAUGGCUCCGAAGGAAGAGCCGGAUUGGGAAGGCUUCAGUUCGGAAGGAUCAGACUCGGAGGCUGAUGAGAAGGCGGACGGAUGGGACGAGAUAUCAGAUGUGGAAUCCGAGGACUCAGAGGAAGAUGAAGAGGGAUCAUCUGAAGACGAGGAAGAUGAGAGCUCAGAAGAGGAAGACUCUGAUGAGGACGAAGAAAUGUCAGAGGCGUCGGACAGCGCCACAAAAGAAGCUCGGAAAGCGCGCUCAUCAGCAUUCAAAGAAUGGGCAACACAAGAGCGGAACAAGGCUGUAGGAUUUACUCCAACCCUUGCCAUCCAAGACACUGGCGACAUCGUCCAUCCCCACAACCCCGCAAACUUCCAGCCUCGCCCAGUCGAAGAAGACCCUCUGCCUCCUGAGCUCGCGACCAAGACCGCCAGCGACGCUUGGCGGAAAGCCCACAGUGUGACCGUCGACCGCUCGCCCGAAGUCCAGGAUGCGCGUCUGAAGCUGCCGGUCGUGGCGGAGGAGCAGAAGAUCAUGGAAGCUGUGCAUAACAAUGAUGUUGUGGUUGUAUGGGGUGCGACGGGUAGUGGUAAAACGACACAGGUGCCGCAGUUCUUAUUCGAGAGCGGUUACGGUGACCCCAAUGGCCCGACGCCGGGUAUGAUUGGUGUGACGCAGCCCAGGCGUGUCGCAGCGGUUAGUAUGGCGAACAGGGUUGGCGACGAAUUGGGGAGUGCGAGCAAAAGGGUUGGAUACCAGAUCCGUUUUGACACCACCGCUGGCGACAACACAGCUGUCAAGUUCAUGACGGAUGGUAUUCUUCUCCGAGAGAUCGCACAAGACAUUUCACUGCCGCAGUACUCCGCUAUCCUCAUUGAUGAAGCGCAUGAGCGCAGCGUAAACACUGACAUCUUGAUCGGCAUGAUGAGCCGUAUCGUUGACCUACGACGCACUCUUAUGAAGGACGACCCCAAGGUCAAGCCUUUGAAGCUCAUAAUCAUGUCUGCUACCCUUCGUAUUUCCGACUUUACUCAGAACGAGCGUUUGUUCAGAAACGGCCCGCCACCUCUAUUGCAGGCGGAGGGCAGACAGUACCCGGUCACUGUGCAUUUCUCCAGGCGCACCCAGAUGGAUUAUCUGGAGGAAAUGUUCAAGAAGAUCAAGAGGGGUCACAGAAAGCUACCGGCUGGUGGAAUGCUGGUUUUCUUGACUGGCCAAAACGAAAUCACGACGCUGGCGAAAAGGCUAAAGCAAGCAUUCCCCAACACCCAAGGUGCCGAUGUCAAGCAACCACCGGUGCGCAUUUCAGCUGCGGAUGCACCUUUGGAAGCAGAAGACCUGGAAAUUGGUGAUGAUACCGUAAACGCUGAUGACUUCGAUGAUGGCUCGUCAGACGACGAGUCCACAAUUCAAGGUCUCGACGAUGAUGAAGAGGACAAGGAGUUCGAUAUCGGAGAAGACGAUGCAGAUGCAGAGAAGAUGCUCAAGGUGCACGUUCUUCCACUGUAUUCGCAACUCCCGACCAAGCAACAGAUGAGGAUUUUCGAAUCGCCCCCAGAGGGGUCGCGCCUCAUAGUUCUGGCAACCAACGUCGCCGAAACCAGUUUGACCAUUCCCGGCAUUCGCUAUGUUUUCGACUGCGGCCGUUCCAAGGAGCGCAAGUACGACCAGACUACCGGUGUCCAGAGCUUCGAGGUCGGCUGGAUUAGUAAGGCUUCUGCCGAACAGCGCGCUGGUCGUGCCGGUCGUACCGGGCCUGGUCACUGUUACAGGUUGUAUUCCUCGGCUGUCUAUGAGCGUGACUUCCUGCAAUACGCCGAGCCUGAGAUUCUGCGCACGCCAAUCGAAGGUCUGGUGUUGCAGUUGAAGGGAAUGGGCAUCCACAAGGUUGUGAACUAUCCUUUCCCGACGCCGCCAAACAGGCAAAACCUUGCCAAGGCGGAGAAGCUGCUGCAAUAUCUUGGGGCUAUCGACGACGACGGCAAGAUUACGCCUCAGGGCCGUCAAUUGUCCGUCUACCCCCUCAGUCCGAGGUUCUCGCGUAUGCUUGUCAUUGGCCAGAACCACAACCUCACGGCCUAUGUCAUUGCCUUGGUCUCCGCGCUGGCUGUCCCUGAAGUAUUCAUCCCUGAGAACCAGCUCAAGCUCACCGCAGCCCCCGACGCCGAGGACGAAGGCCGCAUCCGCACGCACCAGGACAACCUCGAAGACGAAGCGCGCGAGACGCGCCGCAAAGCCUACAACAAGGCGCACGCGACGCUCUCACAGCUGGACCGGCAGUCCGACGCCGCCAAGCUGCUAGCCGCACUUUGCGCAUUCGGUGCCGAGCGUAAGAAGACGCCCGAGCAGUUCGCAGAGGCGUGGUUCCUGCGCCUGAAGGCCCUACAAGAAGCGUCACAGCUGCGCUCGCAGCUCACAAACAUCGUGCGCAAAGAGAACCCACGCGCCGGGGCCCUGCUCCCAGCCAACGACAAGCCGCUCGCACCACCGAGCAAAGCGGACCUCGCCAAGCUAAACUAUCUCGUCGCCGCGGGCUUCAUCGACCAAGUGGCGCAGCGCGCGGACCUGGCGCCCAACGUGACGAGCCUGCCGGCGCGCAAGCCCAAGCGCGCCUCCGACGUCCCGUACGUGACGCUGUUCCCGUCGCACGAGCGGCACUCUGGCGCCGCGGACGAGGCCGAGCCCUUCGUCUACCUGCACCCCGGCUCCGUGCUCGCGCACUCCAGCCCGCAAGCCCUGCCCCAGUACGUCGUGUACGCGCGGCUGCAGCGGGGGGCCGCUUCUACGGCGCUCGCGACCGCGCUGCCGAAAGUCCGCAUGCUGCCGCUGUGUGCGGUGACGGGGGCGCAGCUGGCGGCCCUGGCGCAGGGCACGCCGUUGUUGGGCUGGGGGAAGCCGUUGGGGAAGGUGGUCGAGAAGGGGAGGGAUGAGGCGGGAAGAGAGCUCAGGGAGUGCUAUCUUGUGCCGAGUUUGGUGGGGGAGAAGGGCGGGUUGGGCUGGCCGUUGCCGGCGAAGAGGGUCUUGCAGAGACGGGAUCCGAAGGGCUGGGUUGUAAGGGAUGUGUUGUGAUUGGAUGGUGGUGGCUUUGUGCAUAUCUGUUGGGGUGGUUGGUUAGAGUUAUGGGUUUGUGGUCAGCCUUGUCUGUUCCGCUGUCUACGUUGUUGAUUUGCUGUCAGCCUUGUUCACUUUGUGCUCAGCCUCGUCCGUGUAGAUUGUAUGUUCUGUG